AUAUAAAAAAGACAUUUUUUCAAAUAAACAGUGAAUUUUUGUGAUAUUUUAAUUCAAAUUUUACGUGCUGUAAAUAUUUUACAGGAAAUUUAAUACACAAGAAGAGGUAUUAAUUUUCUCAGGGAAAAAACAAAGCAAAUUUUCAUUAUGCUUUGAAAAUGGAGCGUAUCUACAGAGCUGAAGCUUUUAUAACAUUGAAAAUAAGCAGUAAUCAAAAUUCCGAUUCCGAUAUUAAUGCAAUAGACGAUGUAAAAUUUGCCAAUAAAUUAAAGUCUCAUUUAACAAAAACUGAGGACGAGAAUCAAGAAGAAAAUCAACAAGAUGAAAAAUUUAUCAACAAAUCAGUGAAUAUCGAGAAUGUUUCAUUAAGUCCAUCAAAUAUAAAAACUCACGAAUCAAUAGAAUCAAUUAACACAAGUGACUCGUCGAAAAAAGCAUCUAUCAACAGUUUCAACGAAUAUCAAGAGGAACCAGAUUUUGAAACUCUCAUUAAAAGUCCCGAACUUCUUGAAAGUUAUUCCACACAAUUGGACACAAAUAAUACUUCAAGUCCAAUAAACGGAAAUUUUUCCGGCAUUAAAAAGUGUCUUGUCGAUUUUAUAGAGGAGGAGAAAAUUAAAGUUCAAAAUGAAUCCUACACUUUGGAAAUCGACGAUGAAAAUGAAAGUCUUCAGGAAAUUGAUUCAAUUUUUCUCUUCGACGAGUGUGAAAAAGUAAAAAAUGAAAUUGAGAGGAAAGAAGAAGAAGAGAAAAAUGACGAGAAGGAGGAAAAUGUACAAAAAAGCCAAGAAGGAAAAGAGAAUUUGAAAGAAGAAGAAAGGGAAGAAAGUAAAGAGGAAAAAAUCCAAGAAACGGAAGAGAUAAAAAGUGAAAAUAUUCCAGAAAGUAAAUUAGAAUUCAAAGAAAGUAGUUUAAGGGAAAAGUUUCAAACUCAGAAAUCGGAUCAAAUCUACGAUGAGCCAUUUAUUGGCAAUUUACAUAAAACUUGGAAGAAUUUGAAAAAAUCCACCUUCGAGCAUUCGACACUUCCGAAUAUGAAAAUACAUCGUUUCGCAGGAAAAAAUCCCCGACGCUGUAGCAGUUUAAAAUCAAUCGACGAAGGAGUGGAAAUAAUUGAUACAAAUUUCGACGAUAUUUGCUAUCAUGGUCACAAGAAUGGUUGCACAGUCGCCGUGCAAAAACCAGAGGACGUCAGUCAAGACGUUUUCAAAGAAAAUUGGAUGCAACGAUUAGAAUCCCUACGACAAAAGGAGGCACUACUGAAAGACAAGGAAAUCGCUCUACAAAGUCGCGAACGACUUCUAUUUAAAAAGGAAAAAGAACUACGAAUUCUCGAACGAAUGGUCAAGGAUAAAAUGAAACAAGCCGAAUUGUAUCUAAAACGUUGUAAGAAUUCCCAAAGUUUAGAAAACGUAUUCGACGAGAAAUUCAUCGACACAAAAUCAUCGUCAGGCUCAGCAACUUCACGUGCCGGUCAAGUUCUCAACGUUCCGAAUAAUAACGCCAAACGAGUACCCUUUAUCGGCGAGAAUUUUUGGCUUCAGGCACCGGAAUUAAAAUACGAACUCACGAAGGAAAAUGUAAAAAGUCUUCCACCUUCGCGAACUUCAUACGCAACACUUCCUUCCGAUAUGAAAUACGGUAGAUUCAGUGCCUACAGUAGUUUCCGAUGUCGACCAAAACCUCGAAUGUCCUACGACGAUUUAGAUUCAACACUUUCAGCCGACAUUGGCGAUUCGUCCUUAGUUGUAACAUCGAGGAAAUUCGAUCCAGUUGUCUGUCGUAAACCGGCCGCAUUCACAAGAUCGGCAAGCGAGAGGCGACCUAAAAUCAAUGAAAAUAAAAAUGAACAAUACUUUAUUAAUCACGAUAAUGGCGAAUUUGAGGAGGAUAAAAUUUUCCGUAAACUCAGUGCAAAUAUAUUCGCUUCACAAUUCAAGGAAACAAAAUUUCUCAAUUACGGCGUGAUCGAUGAGAAGAAUAAGGCGAAGAAUGGCGAUCAAGCAAAAUCCGAGGACGAUGAGAAGAAAUCAUUGAAUUUAGACACUGACAGUAAGGGAAAGAAGAAGAAUGUAAAAGGCUUGAAGACAAGACCAGUGUCAUGGAGUGCCGAGACCGACGAUUGGCUGCAACGUAAACGUGAAAUUUUUAAUUCAACGCACAAAAAAUGUGUCAAUAACUGUGAUAAAGAAAAUCAUGAAAUAAAACCGAAAACACCGAGUUAUUCAACAUUGAAAAAAAAGAGUUGGAAGGGCAAGAAAUUCAGUAUUUUUCGGUAAAUAAACAUUUUCUCCGCGAUUUAUAAAAUGUAAAAUGUAUACGAUUAGAAUAGGAAAAUAUAAUUUUAAAAAUCGGAA